UGAACACAGAAGAGAUGCGACUCUAGCCACCAACGUUAAUGAACAUCGUUAGGGAUGGUCGAUGCAUUAUCCUACUGCAGCUCACCCAAUUGGGCAAAAGGACCAGGCCGGUCUAUAACUAACCUGACGGAAUACCUAGGUAGAUAUCUACAGAAGUUUACUACUGUACUACGUAAUACCACUACGAUCCUCUCGGUGGUCCAUUCCAGACUAGAACAGAGCAAGAACUGAGACAUGGGCAAGGGCGACGGGCCAACAUCAGAAUCCUGAAACCCAAGUAGCGCGAGCUGGUUGAUGAUAGGCUGACCAACAAUAAACCUAAAAAUUCCUUCUAGACGCCACGAACCCAGGCAAUAGCAUCUUGACGCGAUUCGAUUCCGAAACGGGUG